UUGUUGUCAACCACCUAGCCAACAGAAAAAUAACCAAGUAGGUGAGAUUGUAGGAUGCGCAUCAAUUCCAAUAGUAACAAUUAUGAAUUUAAAUUAUAAAUAUAAAAUUAGUUUAGUUAUUUCCAACAUGAAUAAGAACACAUGCUAAUACCAUGUGAGGAAUUUAUUACCCAUGAUCUAACUCUCAUUCUUUAGCCUUUUUAAUUAGUAUCAUACAAGGAAAUUCGUAUAUAUGCGAUCCACCAAAAAGCCUAUGGUAUUUUAAAAAACUGGUGUAAAUAAUAUAUAAAUAUAUGAAAAAGGUGGCAUAUAAACAGUUGACGACAAUAUGGCAAAUCUAGAAUGAGAUAACGGCAAACGUAUAAAUUAGUUGGCACUGAUUUUAAUUUAGUCUACAGCCUAACCUAUACAACACAACACCAACUGAGUUUUUUUUUUUUUUUUUUUUUUAAGAAACCAACUGAGAUUUGUAUAGAUUAUAAAUUAUGUAUUCGUAUAUAAUUCCGCAGUUCUUUCGUAUCCAAUAGUAACAAAUAGUAUCAAUAUAAUAAUUGAUUUUUAAUUUUUUCUUUUCUUGGUUUAAUCAUAUACUCAUUCAUCUAUGAUCCAUAUAUAACAAGUAUCCGUGGUCCUGUGUGGAGUGGAGAUUUAUUGUUGGAGUAAAUACUGCACCCGAUCAAUUUGGCUCAAGUAAACCUGAGAUUAUGCAGACUUCAUGUGUAUACCACAUUUUUCGUCCCCUGAAGUCUAUACUUUACCAUAUUAAAAGUAUACACUGCUAAACAUUUUCCGACUGAUGAUUGCACAUAUAAAAUGUUAAGUAUAAAUGAUAUAUUCUAUACUUUACCAUAGUAAAAUACAACAUCGAUGACCGGCCACUUUUUAGAUAAUCUGAGGAUUAUGUAGCAUUCAAGAAUCAACAUGGUCUUAUGAGACUCAGAAACAUCCAUGGAAGUAGAAGAAUUUAGUCGAAAAUGUGGGAAAAGACUUACCGCAACGGAGGAAGGUGUCCACAUAUACGUGGAGGAGCGAAGCGAGAGGAGUUAGUGUUGUGUCAUUAAGAUAAGGGAGAGUGACAAGAAAGUAGAGGGAGAGGCUAACAUGAGCAAUGAAGUUUUAGAUGUUACGUGAUUAUAAAUCCAAAAUAAUAUGUGCAUCCACGCACCGAUCACCAUUGAUCCAAUAUUCCUAUCUAAUCUCUACCACUCCAGUUGAUUUUUUUUUUGAACUCUUACCACUCUAGUUGAUUUGUUAUUUAAUUUCUUAAUUAUCAUAAUUCAGUCUAUAUAAACGUUGAACUUUAUCGGACUUUAUAAAAGGAUUACGUUACCAAUCAAAAUGACCUAACUAAUACUCAUAUAUACAAUUAAUAUUUUUCUAAUUUACGACUUCUAAAUAUAUCACACUUUUCACCAAACGUGAAUGUCAUUACACGUCGCUUUUGUUUUACUACACAAUCAUUCAGUAACCAUAUUGGUUACUAUUAUACUUUUGUCACAGUAACAUAUUAGAUUGUAAGGUAGUAACUAUAUAAAUUAAAUUUUGUUGUUUACUUAGAAUUAUAGUCAGAAUUUUCUGACAUAACGAAUUCCUCCACGUCUUUCGUCUUUCUUGCUGUGAUAUAAUAUGGCAGCUAGUGCUUUCUUUUUGAUUAGUUAACCCAUUUAUAACCUUCUGCACUAUAUAGUAAACGCAUCCAGAUUUUAAUUUUGAAAGUAAUUUAGUUAUUGGUCUAUUUUCUGGGGUUUGUUGUUACUUUUCUUUGCCAACAUUUUUACGAAAGCCAAAAGUCAACAACCGUUGACUUAAACGUAGACUUUUCUGGUCAUACAACGAGGACGAUAAUAUCUGUUAAGGAUAAAUUCUUUUGACGUUAUAUAAUCGUUGAAGUCUGAAGAUGGAAGUCAAUAACUACAAAUAUAGGUGGGUUGAAAUCAAAGUUGAAUUGGCCUACUGGUAAAUGAGUUGUAGAUGUAACUAGUGGUACUUGAAUUCAAUUCAAGUUGAAAAAUACUAUUUACAAUGUUUGGAUUCCCACCAAAAGUGUAAAAACAUUUUUUUAAUACAGGUGGGUUGAAAGAAACACACAAGAAAAUAAAAGAAGUUUCUUAAAAAAACAGUUAGGCAAAAGUUAGCAUAUGAUAUCAAUUAUAAUCCUUCCCAUGACAAAGUGGCAGAUAAUAUUUUCAUAAAACGAACUCUUAUACCAUUCAUUUUCUAGAGAAAAAAACUUAUAUGAGUGUAACAAAUUCGAACAAAUAAAUUAAAAUUGAUCAUAGACAAAUAGAAUUUUUGGAAUUCAAAGCAAUUGUAAAAUGCAUUUUAGAAUGUUUACGUGUCCUAGUGGCAUUGGAUGAUGAUGAAACGUACUCCGAGAAAUGCGGCUGUUUGCCGAUCUCUUUACUUCAGAAUCACUUGUUUUUUACAAGUGCAGCAUCUCAUUAUGUUCUUUCACAAUAUGAUUUUAUUAUACAUAUCUACAUCAAUAAAUGUGAUUGUAAGACUUUUUUUGUUUACUUGCUUAACUAGCAAAUACCAUACCAGUCAUGUAACUAAUACAGUAACAUAUUACACAUCUGAUUUAUUGAUGCUUUGGUCGAGUAUUUAGAGCAUCUUCAAUGAAAUUUGGAAUCCUAAACAUACGUAUAUAUAUAUAUGUAUAUAUUAUAUAUGUACAUAUAAUUGUGGGGUCUAAUUUUAUAGAAAAUUCAAUCUAUUUUCUUUUUUAAAUAACUUUAAAUUGGUUUUUCCACAAAACCAUGGACCCAAUAAUUAUAUAUAUAUAUAUAUAUGUGUUCAGGAUUCCAAUGGGUAGAAUUCCGAUAGGAGGUUCUCUUAUACUCUAGUGAGAUAUUUAUUGUAACACGGCAUGGCCGAAAGAAGAUAAUACAAACUACAAAGCCACUUUUUAUACUCAAGGUCAAAAACUUAAUGGUGAACUCGAUAAUUAACUAAUAAGAUUAUCUAAUUAAAAGUACAAGACUUGGCCGUAUAUAUCUCGAUCCAUGACUCUCUAUAUUAAUAUAAAGUUACUUAUAUCCUUCAUCACCCUCGAAUAUGUAUAUUGUUAUAAUUUGUUCAUUAUAUAAAGAGGGUACAAAUCUGAUCUUCCUCUUUCUUUAACAUGAAGAAGUGGUCGAAGAUGUUUACAUUCUGAAAAGUCAGCGUCUCUUACUCUCGUUUCAUCAGCCAUUCUACUUUUUAUUCUCCUACUUUUUCCAAGAAAAUUACAAAAAUUUCCCAGGAGAAUAAUCCAACAUCACUGAUUAGCAACCAUUCUUUUCCCAUUCUUUUUUAAUUUGCUAUUUUCGUUGUGUAUAUAUAUCAUAUAUACAUAUAUAUAAGCACACACAAACGGAUUAUACAUACAUGUUAUGUGCAGCGUCUCUGCAUCUUUAGACAUGGACAACUUCCAAGGAGACCUAACAGACGUUGUACGAGGUAUCGGGUCAGGACACGUUUCAUCAUCUACUGGGCCAUCUCCGAGCAGUUUGUCUCCGCCACCGAUUUCAGAUGUCCCCUCCGUCGCUAGUUGUCAGAUAAAUCCCUUCGGCGACCCGUUCGUAAGCAUGGCAGAUCCUCUCUUCAACCUCACGGCUAACAAAAGCAACAACAGCUUCGAAGUCUUUCCAGAGGUUUCUGAGGAUGAUCACAUCAAGAGUAAAUGCAGUGUCUUCCCAAGAAUCCAGAUCUCACAAAGCAACAUCAUCCAGGAUGCCUCCAAGUGUAGUUCCCCAGCUAUGGCCGUCUCCUCCGCCGUCGCAGCAGCUUCGCCGUGGGGAAUGAUCAACGUUGUCAGCACUAACAGUCCAAGAAACUGUUCAAUGGUCGAUAAUAGUAACAACACGUCAUCUUCUUCGCAGAUUCAGAUCUCUUCUUCCCCUCGGAAUCUUGGCAUAAAGAAGAGGAAGGGGCAGGGAAAGAAAGUGGUGUGCAUACCGGCUCCAGCCGCCAUAAACAGCCGGUCCAGUGGGGAAGUAGUUCCGUCUGAUCUGUGGGCUUGGCGUAAGUACGGUCAAAAACCAAUCAAAGGUUCUCCUUAUCCUAGGGGUUACUACAGAUGUAGCAGCUCGAAAGGUUGUCCAGCUAGGAAACAAGUGGAACGUAGCCGCACCGAUCCAAACAUGUUAGUCAUUACUUAUACAUCUGAGCAUAACCAUCCAUGGCCCACUCAACGCAACGCUCUCGCUGGCUCUACUCGUUCUUCUAUCUCCUCCUCUUCAAACCCUUCUUCCAAAUCCUUAACUUCAAUCGCAACGGCAACUACCUCUUCCUCAUCCAGAGUCUCUCAAAACAAAGACGAACCCAAUAAGUCCCACUUGGCCUCCUCCUCCACCCCUCCUUCUCCUUAUGUGGCUGCGGCUGUUAAGGAGGAGGACGUUGAGGAGCGUCAGAACAAAAUGGAGUUCGAUAAUGAUCCUGACAAUACCUAUAGACCGGAAUUUCAACAUCAGCCGGAGGGUUUCUUCGCCGAUCUUGACGAGCUAGAGGAAGAUUCUUUAACUAUGUUACUCUCUCAAGGAUUCUCAGGUGGAGGUAACCUAGAGAACAAAACGACGAUUCCCGACGUUUUUAGCGAUUUCUUUGACGACGACUCCUCAAGGUCGUUAUAAAAAUUCGUAUAAUGUAUACAUAUGUAGAAAUGAAUUUUUCAUGAAUUUCGUGUAAUUCGGUUGAGCUAAAUGCAUAUAUUAGCCCUGGUGUACAUCACAGGCAUCUGUAGUC